AUGGACCGCCUUUCCGCCAACGACCUCGACAAUCAAGGGGACAGCGUCCACACCGCUGUAGGCGAUAUGCGAAAGAAUCAAUGCUCUGAAGCCUCCUCCUCAUCUCCUCCUGCUGGUACCUUGUCCUCCAUCCCGCCACCUCAACCCCCCCCGACGCUCAACUCCCAGCCUCAAACCAGCCCCAGUUCCCCCAGGUUCUUUGCCCGCAUGUCACAGUUCCCUCUCGUUGGCUCUGCGCUACGUGUUUACGAGCAGGGAAAAGCAUCAUCUCGUGUUGUCAAGUUUGGUGCGGAGACGUUAGAGGCUACCGUGAAAGCGGUAUCCAUGCCAGUCCUCAACCGCCUUCCUGUAAACCUCAAUCAACUGGACGAGAUUGCCUGCAGGCAAUUAAACCGCUUGGACAUGUACCAAGGGCCUUCUACCGAGGAACCCCCUCCUUCAUCGCACAUGCCUGUUCCAGCCAAAUCAUCCACGUUGGAAGGGGAAAGAGGGCGACUCACGCUGCAAACGAAGUCUCUGGAUGAGUCACCUGUUAAAAGCUGGUUAGAACGUAAGUCCCCUGGUUCAUCCGCCUCCGUCGCUAAUUUUCCCUUCCUAAACCCUCCCUUGAUCAUCAAUGACGUUCCCCAAUCGUUGCCUGACCUUGGCAACCGCACUUUCAAAGUUUCUUGCGAGGAGCUUGAUUCGCCCAUCUCCCCGACCGACACCCUUGCCUCGCCAACCGAGUCCGGCUACGAUACAUUCGACCAAACCCCCCUCACAAAAAACUACCCCGACGCCUGUACGGACACGUACAGCUUGCGCAGCGGCCGCGGCUUUCUCUUCAAAACUGGCCCACCUUGGAUAAAGAACGAGGAGCCCAAUGGCCCACCCUGGCGGUGCGAGUUGCGCCCCGUCAACGGUCACCUGAUCGCACCCAUCUGGGAAGACGUUUUGACCCGCAUACACCAACACCUCCAACUACAUUCCACUACCGUCCCAUUCACCACAGUGAUGCCCCUAGCAUUUGCUAAUUUAGGAGAGGCAAAGCCUUUCUGUCCGCUGGUGGUAGUGAUAGGUGUCGAGCCUUCAAAAGUGGCCUUCGAGGAUGCAAAGGCCGAAGCAGAAUCUGUAAAAGUCAUUCUUGCAGAGGCUGAUUUCGACGUCGAAGUUGCUAUAUGGGAAUUCGAGAGCUUCCUCUUCGGCGCCCAUCUCCCGGCUCUUGACCCCGUGCUCCACAAAACACUGUCUAAAGUCUACCUCCCGUUUACAUCCACCCUCGGCAUCCCAGUGGCGCCUCUCAAGCAAGCCACGUGUGAGGGCUCGCUCGGCCUAUUUCUUAUGCACGGUGAAGACUUGUUAGCUCUGACCGCCGCCCACGUUGCACAUCCCCCUCCGAAGUUUACUGAUAACAGGCGUUUGUCAGUAAUAUCAGCUGAAAAGCACCACGAGGACAUCAUUCUGCUCGGGACUGACUCCUACAACCGUGCGGUCUUGGACAUUCGAGAGAAGUUCCUGAUCCUUAGACAGACUAUCCAAGCUGAACAGAACAAGAUACAUUCACUGCAGGCUAAACUGGAUAACGGCGAGGCUGAUGAGGAUGAGACAAUUAGAGGUGAUAUCAGAGCUUCUGAGGAGAAUAUCAAAAAUUGGGAGGAGUCCAUGAUGCGGCUCGACCAGCUUGCUAAUCGUGCCGCAACUAUGUUUGCGCCCAGGAGUCGCUGCAUCGGACGGGUGGUGUAUGCCGAUUCCAUCAAGGCCUCUUCUAACGGGCCUGAUGCAUGCACGUGGGACUGGGCUGUCAUUGGCCUUCGGAAGGAUGCAUUCGGCGCUGAUUUCAAGGGUAAUACUAUGUUUAUUGGAGACAAACUCGAUGAAAAAACCUUCUUGAAGACAAUGUUCCCGGACCCCAGCGACCGGAGGGACUAUGGAUACCCACCGCACGGCCUCCUCCGCAUCAAGGGAGUUGUUCCCCUGGAUGAGAUUCGCUCCCCCACACAGCUCAACGCGAUGGGCGAACCCGCGAUGGCGGUCAUCAAGACCGGGAGGUCGACGGGCACCACUGUUGGAUGGAUAAGCGGCUUGAGGUCCCUGGUUCGCUAUUACCAGCACAUUGACACCCACUUUACAACACGCGAGCUCACAAUCGUUCCUCAUAACAAACGUCCUUUGCUGGGCCCCUUUUCCAGUGACGGCGACUCUGGAUCAAUUAUCGUUGAGCGGGGUGGCCGCAUUGUCGGCCUGCUUACUGGCGGCGGCGGUGUCACUGACUCCACCGACGUUACAUACGCCACCCCCUAUUGUUUGUGUACCUUCCUACUGGUCCUCAUGUUCGUCUACCCUUUCUGUUUUUCUUUACAUCUUCUUGUGAUUCAUCUCGUCAUUGUCAACUUCGACGGUGAUAUCGCCGAUUCCCCCAAGUUCGUCUCGCCAACUUCUAUGCCUUUCUCCUCGUCCCCCACCUUCUCUUCCAUCAACUCCACCGUUCUUUUUGUCGCUCUUUCUAUGCCCCUCAUUCUUUAUAAGCUAGGAUAA